AUGUCUAUGCUACCCACCUUCGGCUUCACGCAGGAGCAAGUGGCGUGCGUGUGCGAGGUGCUGCAACAGGGCGGCAACAUCGAGCGGCUGGGCCGUUUCCUGUGGUCGCUGCCCGCCUGCGAGCACCUCCACAAGAAUGAAAGCGUGCUCAAGGCCAAGGCGGUGGUGGCCUUCCACCGCGGCAACUUCCGCGAGCUCUACAAGAUCCUGGAGAGCCAUCAGUUCUCGCCGCACAACCACGCCAAGCUGCAGCAGCUGUGGCUCAAGGCGCACUACAUCGAGGCGGAGAAGCUGCGCGGCCGGCCCCUGGGCGCUGUGGGCAAGUACCGAGUGCGCCGCAAGUUUCCCCUGCCGCGCUCCAUCUGGGACGGCGAGGAGACCAGCUACUGCUUCAAGGAAAAGAGUCGAAGCGUGCUGCGCGAGUGGUACGCUCACAACCCCUACCCCUCACCCCGCGAGAAGCGCGAGCUGGCGGAAGCCACGGGCCUCACCACCACGCAGGUCAGCAACUGGUUCAAGAACCGGCGGCAGCGCGACCGGGCAGCCGAGGCCAAGGAAAGGGAGAACAGCGAGAACUCCAACUCCAACAGCCACAACCCGCUGGCUGCGUCGCUGAACGGCAGCGGCAAGUCUGUGCUAGGCAGCUCGGAGGACGAGAAGACGCCGUCGGGGACGCCAGACCACUCGUCGUCCAGCCCCGCGCUGCUGCUCAGCCCGCCGCCGCCACCCGGGCUGCCGUCCCUGCACAGCCUGGGCCAUCCUCCGGGCCCCAGCGCCGUGCCCGUGCCCGUGCCGGGGGGAGGCGGCUCGGACCCACUGCAGCAUCACCACGGCCUGCAGGACUCCAUCCUCAACCCCAUGUCGGCCAACCUCGUGGACCUGGGCUCCUAG